CCGAGCAAGACAUGGCGGCAGCCAAGGGAUUCCGCACGGUGUUCAAGGCGCCGGCGGCGAUCAAUUGGUUCCCUGGGCACAUGAACAGCGCCCGAAAUGCCAUGAAGGCGCAGUUGAACAGCGUCGACGUGAUCAUUGAGGUGCGGGAUGCGCGGAUACCAUGGUCGUCUGCCAACCCCGUCCUUGAUGGCAUUGGCAGCCACAAGCCGCGCCUUGUCGUGUUGAACAAGUCCGACUUGGCGAACUCGAACAUGAAGGAGCGCGUGGAAUACCGCUUUGAUGAGCAAAACAUGGACUGCAUGUUCACGUCGGUGAUCAAAGGCAAGCACAUGCGAAACAUCCUGCAAUGGUGCACCGAGCACGGCAAGUCCCAGUUCCAGUCCACGGCAGGGACAGUGGUGAUGGUCGUGGGAGUACCCAACGUUGGCAAGUCAUCCAUGAUCAAUGCAUUCCGCAGCAUCUCGACGUCGUUGAAGCUAUCAAAAGGGAAGAAGAAGGCGGUGGUCGGCCCCACGCCUGGCGUGACCUUGCGCACGGACAUCAUCAAAGUGAACGAAACCCCCGCGAUUUACGUGAUGGACACGCCCGGCGUCAUGCUACCGAACAUUCCGUCGCCGUCGGUCGGGUUGAAGCUGGCGCUGACAGGCGCCAUCAAGGACGAGAUCGUGGGCGAGGAACUCAUCGCGGACUACAUGUUGUUCCUGCUCAACCAGAUGAAUUCGACACAGUACGUCAAGGCGCUCGGUCUAUCUGGCCCCACAGACGACAUUGAUGAGCUGAUGGCCAGCAUCACCAAGCAGAGCGGCGGCGUCGGCAAGCCGGAAGAACGGCAGCGGCUCCUCGCGGCGCAGUAUCUACUCAAGGAGUUUCGGCGGGGCUCGUUUGGUCGGUUUACGUUGGAUCCGCUGUAAAUCGCACGUAAACAAACGGACAAAUGUCAUUCAUUGAAUGGGAGCUUCGGUCCCUCCACA